UUGGGGAUAGUUACUCUGGAUUCCACAGGGAAGCGGAGACAGAGACAGGCAGGGGGCAGCUACAAGAAGAAGCACAGCAUCCUCUUCUGUAAGAGGGCACAAUCAACUACUACUACUACCCCCAUCCUACACUCAUCCUCCCCAUCUGUAAGGCAGGAGAUUACAGGACUACAGUUUGCAGUGCAUCCUUGAAGACUUCUUAGAGGAAUAACUCAUCUAUUUUUUGGGGAUUCUUGGAAGAUGACACUUGGUGUAGCAGAGCUGCUGUCUCAAGUUCAUUGCAUUGUGUCCUGAGCUGCCACCAAGGAAGUGACCAUCAGUGGUGCUUGUCUUGGUCUUCAGCCCUUAUUGAUGUGACCUUCUUCUCCUGGGAGUGUGUGGACCUUCUCCAGCAGCUUCAGCUCAGCAUUGCCUGCAUCUCUUCUUCUUCUUGGUGGACUCCUCCAGCCUUGGAAUAAUAAUAAUAAUAUACUCCAGCUCCUGCUGUGUGAUCUAGGGGGUGGUGGAUUGGUGUGUAGUGCCAGGGCUGGAACAGGGGCAGCAGGAGAGCAGGGCAGCACCAGGCUGUGUUCAUGUUUGGCAUCCAGGAAAGCAUACAGAGGAGUGGGAGCAGUAUGAAGGAGGAGCCCCUGAGCAGCGGCAUGAAUGCUGUCCGGACAUGGAUGCAGGGAGCCGGGGUGCUGGAUGCGAACACAGCCGCCCAGAGUGGUGUGGGUCUGGCCCGGGCACACUUUGAGAAGCAGCCCCCCUCUAACCUGAGGAAAUCCAACUUCUUCCACUUCGUCCUGGCCCUGUAUGACCGGCUGGGGCAGCCCGUGGAGAUAGAGAGGACGGCGUUCGUGGGCUUCGUGGAGAAAGACAAGGAAACAAGCAGCGAGAAGACGAAUAAUGGCAUCCACUACCGCCUGCAGCUCCUCUAUAGUAAUGGCAUUAGAACAGAGCAGGACUUCUAUGUGCGGUUAAUAGACUCCAUGACUAAGCAGGCAAUCGUCUAUGAAGGACAAGAUAAGAACCCCGAAAUGUGCCGCGUCCUCCUCACACACGAGAUCAUGUGCAGUCGCUGUUGUGAUAAGAAGAGCUGUGGGAAUCGCAACGAGACGCCCUCCGAUCCGGUGAUUAUUGACAGUGCCUCAGCAGGAGAAGUCAAGAAUUACACCAAUUUCCAUGUGCUGGGUCCUCCAGGGAGACACCCUUUAUUCUUCCUGAAAUUCUUUCUAAAGUGUAACCAAAAUUGUCUGAAGAAUGCCGGAAACCCUCGAGACAUGCGCAGAUUCCAGGUUGUUGUAUCUACUACCGUCAAUGUGGAUGGACAUGUGCUGGCUGUAUCCGAUAAUAUGUUUGUCCACAACAACUCAAAACAUGGAAGAAGGGCGCGUAGGCUGGACCCCUCGGAUGGCACUCCUUCGUAUCUCGAACAUGCUACUCCGUGUAUUAAAGCCAUUAGUCCGAGUGAAGGUUGGACCACUGGAGGCGCCACCGUCAUCAUCAUAGGAGACAAUUUUUUUGAUGGCUUACAGGUCAUAUUUGGCACCAUGCUGGUGUGGAGUGAGUUAAUCACACCUCAUGCCAUUCGCGUGCAGACCCCUCCCCGACAUAUCCCCGGAGUGGUGGAAGUUACAUUAUCCUACAAAUCCAAGCAAUUCUGCAAAGGAACCCCUGGGAGAUUCAUAUACACAGCUCUGAACGAACCAACCAUCGACUAUGGCUUCCAGAGGCUGCAGAAAGUGAUACCCAGGCAUCCGGGGGACCCAGAGAGGCUUCCUAAGGAAGUUAUCCUGAAAAGAGCCGCCGAUCUGGUAGAAGCACUGUAUGGGAUGCCCCAUAAUAAUCAGGAAAUUAUACUGAAGAGAGCAGCCGACAUCGCUGAAGCAUUGUAUAGUGUACCCAGGAACCACAGCCAACUCCCGACCCUCGCCAACUCCUCCGUGCACCCCAGCAUGAUGGGAGUCAACUCCUUCAGUGGGCAGCUUGCAGUCAAUGUGUCAGAGCCAUCACAAGUCACCAACCAGGGUUUCUCUCGCAAUACAAGCAGCGUGUCCCCACACAGCUAUGCCCCCAGCACCACCCCUCAGCAGACCAACUACAGCUCCGUCACCACCAGCAUGAAUGGCUAUGGAAACACGGCUAUGUCCAACCUUACAGGAUCACCCAGCUUCCUCAAUGGCUCUGCCGCCAACUCACCCUAUGCCAUUGUCCCAUCUAGUCCCACAAUGGCUUCUUCCACCAGCCUACCAUCCAACUGUAGCAGUUCCUCUGGGAUUUUCUCCUUCUCCCCAGCCAAUAUGGUGUCAGCCGUAAAACAGAAAAGCGCUUUUGCUCCAGUGGUCAGACCACAGGCGUCUCCACCUCCAACCUGCACCAGUUCCAAUGGCACCAGCCUACAAGACCAGUCUUUUGUGGACACUGGCAAGUUCCUCAGUACAGGCUCUCUGCAGGGCUUGGCCUUCUCCUGAACUAUCUCCGGCAUGAUCGCACCGCCCAUGUGAAACAAAUCAAAGAAGAUCUCACCUGGGGGUUCUUUGCUUCGAGACAUUCACCUCUAAAGUUUGGGAAGAACUUCUCUCGUUUUCUCUUUUUUCUCUCUGACCGAGAGCAACUUUUAACUCAGGCCUCUGUACAGAGGAACCAUAGAACUGCAGAUGUAGACAAUAGCAGAACACACACAAACCAAGACUUACUGAUCAUCCAGAAGUGUUUGUUGUCCAGGCCACCACCCUCAUGGAUCUCUACCUUGCUCAGUGAUGAGGACAUCUCACACCAAGAUCACUGAAAAAGGAAAAAAAAAUCCUUGGACAUCCUAUUACUAUUAUCCCUGUGCUUGAAGUAACUUAUUAAUGUCCAUGGAUAGAUAUGCACCAUAAGCUUCUAGAUAUCCUUGUGGUUGAUCAUUUGAAGAAGUUCUAAACCAAUCAUGUGGCUGGAUCGUAGAAAGCCAAGGAUCUUCUCAAGAAGACCUUGUAAGGGUUGGGAGAAAACAAAGUACACUUUUUGCUAUGAGUUUUGUAAUUCUUUGACAUGUUAAUGGAGAUGAUUGAAAGAGAAGGAUCUUUUUUUUAGGUUUGGGAUGAGAAAUUUUGACCCCACAAUGACUCUAGGCUAUAAACAGAGCAGAGGGUGCCACAGUAUAGAUCAUUUGAUUUUUUUUUUGGCCAUCAACUUUCCAUCAUUAUAUAUUUUUCCAUUUCUCAUACCUAAGUGGUCAACUUUUUAUUCCCGAAAGGAGGCUUAUCGUCAAAGUGAGGACAACAAUCAUCCUAAACCCUAGUUUUAAGUUUAGCGCUAACAAAUAAGAGGCAUCUACUUGGUGGGCCCAAAGAGAAGAUGUCAAGACCUCCUAUUUACCUCCCACCACGUAUCGCGGACACCUAGACGGUUGCCCAUAUAGUCUUGGAUUAUCCAGAAUAUGUAUUUCUGUAUCAUAAUAUUUUAUUACUUCUGGCCUUUUCCAUUUAUGUUUAAAGGGGUACUCCGGCCUUAAUACAGCUUAUCCCCUAUCCAAAGGAUUGGGGAUUAGAUGUCUGAUCGCGAGGGGUCCGGCUGCUGCGGAUCCCCGCAAAUUGUCAUUCAGCACCCACCUUUGCAAGCUCUCCGCAGCGCUGGGCCCCCUCCCAUAGACUUGCAUUGUGGGGGCAGGGCGUGACGUCACACAGGGCGGAGUCGUGACAUCAAGAUACUCCGGCCCCCGUGGUCGUCACGCUACACACUCGGAGCUUCUAGCGCUGCGGAGAGCUCGCAAAGGUGGGUACUGAAUGACAAUUUGCAGGGUUCCCCAGUGGCGGGACCCCCGGGAUCAGACAUUUUAUCCCCUAUCCUUUGGAUAGGGGAUAAGAUGUAUUAGGGCCGGAGUACCCCUUUAAGUGCAAUUCACUAAAGAAUGUUAGCUAACUCUUUUAACUCUUUUAUUUUACUUUUUACUUUUUUUUAUCGACUCAUGCAGUCACAGCUACUGAGCUUUGGUAAACUAAGCACAAAUCGAAGUAUCAAAUAGUUGGGUUGCAGAUAAGCGAUUGAACCCUCUCAGUGAAUGAUGAAAGUCAAUGGAUGUUUCAUUUUCCUAUCCCCUUUUUUUUUAACGUUGACCUUUGUAUCAACUUAUAAAUAUUGUAUAUGAUUUUGUGACUUUGGUUAGUAUUUUUUUUUAUAUAUAUAUAAUUUGCCAAAGUUGGAAUCCUAUUUAUAUGGGAAAAAAUUUUAUUUCCGUUUUCUCUUUAUUCUGCCAACACAAACAAAUAUGAGAAACAAACAAAAACAAAAAAGUAUAUAUAACGUAAGAAAUGAACAAAUGUGACACUGCCUCGCACCUCACAACAGAAAGGGAAUGAUGUUUUUUUUUUUUUUUUUCUUUUUUACGGUGUCUUAUUUUUUAUUAUUUUAAGGGGAAUUUGUAAAAUAUCCAUAUAAAUAAUGUAUUUAUCUCUGGAAUUUGUACAGCCCUUUACCCAGUUUAUUUUAUUGUGUAUGUUAAAAUGUGAAAAAGUGACGACUGUUAAUUUUUUUUCUAUUGUUUCUAAGGCCUGAUGAACAAGUUUUUUCUUUUCUUUUUUAUAAUUUGUCAUUUUUUCACUUUAUGUUAAAACAAAAUUUAAUUUCUUUAUUGACACACCAAUUGACCUGUCUUUUUUUUUUUAUCAUUGAUUUUAUACAUCGAAACCUCUUUGACUUUAGUACGUCCUUAUGCUGAUGAAAGAUUGUACUGUAUGGUUGCUUCUGUUGCCUAUAUCAGCGCUAAAGCUUUGAUGGUGCAUUCAGUUUUCGCUUAACAAAGUCUAUCUGUACAUACCCGAAUAGUGAACGGGGUUUGUUUUUACUUCUUAAGUGCAUUUAGAUUAACUUAGUAUAGAACUGUUCUAGGUAAGGCCAGGGCCACCAGUAGGGCAGUACUGCUGUAAAGACCCAAAUUAGAUAUAAAAAGGAACCCCUUGCUGCUGGCUCUGCCCCUUCCACUGCGCUGUCUGGUGGUCCAGACAGUUCGGCAAUAUGGGAACCCGAAAUAUCUAAUGGCGGUCCUGGGUAGGGCAAAAUAUAAAAUAUAUACAACCUAAAGGCCUCCAUACACAUCAGAGAUAUGUCAGCCAAACUUGACCAUUUCGGCACAACUGGUUGCCUACUGGAUGUGUACAAUAGCUUGAUGAUGUCGAGGGGCGUGGAGGUGAAAGAUGGGGUAUGUUACAUUUCUUAGCUUAAUAGUUGUCUGCCAGUGGAUUACCUCCCUCUACCAAUUGAAAACACAUGCACGACUCAGCGUUCAGGGAAGGGCAUUUAGAUGAGUGCUAUUGAAGGUGUUUGGGCACUGUCACUUAAAAAAACUUUUGCCAUGUUGUAGAGACACAUCAAAAUUUUUUAUCCGUCCAGAUCUGAGUGUUCAGACUGAGACCAAUAGCUAGAAAUAGCUGGGAAAAAAGUAAGCUAAGGAAGACAAACGUACAUUGUUAGUCUAUGUGAUCGUCUUGGUCUGACGCAAUUUUCUCCAAGCUUGCUCUAACAAUUGGCCGGGGUCUGAACACCCAGACCCUGACCAAUCGAAACUUUUGACAUGUUUAUAGGACAGUGUUUUCUAACCAGUGUGACAGUGGUCCUGAGGGUUACAGGAACCUUAGCCAAACUGGUUGGUUGGUGAAAUUUCAAAAAAUUAGCCGACACCGUUCAUAGGCCGCUCAAUGGUGAAGACGUGAGCUAAGACUGAAUGCACCUAAAUGAGGUACUAAGCAAAUGACUCUGAUGGGCUGAAUGUUUGUCUGUUGUGUCCCCGUUCCCCCCCCCCCCCCCCCGCCCCUCGUCAUAUGCAUGUUCAUAGAAUGUGGGAAGGGUUUUUAUACAAUGGGUGCACAUACUUUCGUUCUGAAGUCUGCGCGAACAUUUUACCCGUGUCUUUCACAUGAAUAGAAACCAGCAGUUUGAAUGCCUUAAUGCAAAUCAUGUCCAUUGACCAUGUAUCUAACCCUCUGCCCAUCACCACAACCAUCACCCAGAACAAAAAAAAAAAAAACUAAUGGAAAAGCACAAGAGAAACAUGUUUUUCAUAAGACAAUGAAUCAUCUUUUUUUUCUUAGCUACAGAAUACGUGGGGUGGGAGCGAAUGCCUCAGGCACUGCUGUGUGAUCUGUUUCACUAAAUGAAAUACAGGAUGAUAGGGAUACGUUACACUGGUGAGAAAAAAAGAAAAACUGGAAAUAAAAAAAUAUGGAUAUUUCAGAAAACCUGAAAUUCGACAGCUUUCUUUAACGUAGGUGUUUUAGCCAUCUCUUGUACAUGAUGACGGCGGCCAUCUUUAAGCAUAAGAUGACCAGUAAGUACAUGAGAAAUUUUUGGUGGAUCCCGUGGCCUAAAUCCCAACACUUGUCGCCAUCACAGUGAAGUAGUCAAUGUGGCAUAUUGACAUAGCCUUCAAAAGCAGAGACUAAAAACUAUCUCAGAUUUUGAUGAGACCAACUUUUAGGCCACAGAGAUACUCCUGUAGGUUGGACCCAUUUAGGAGGUAUAGGCUCCCUAACAGUCAAAUUGGCUGCAGUGACAAUAGUCCCUUCCAAAGACCCUUUUGGGUCUACUCUAUAGUUACACAACUGUUAAGUCUACCACCGGUCAAAAUCUUAUACACUGCAAGUUUUCCAGAAUUAUCCAUUUAUUUAUGGCCCAUAUAAGGGGUAUUAAGUGUUCCAACAGGUUCAUUUAGAGGGGUACUCCACUCCCCAGCUUUCGGAACAUUUAGUUCCAAACGUUGGGCUCGGGCUUUGGGGUCGCCAUGCCCCCUCAUGCUAUCACACCCCGCCCCCUCAAUGCAAGUCUAUGGGAGGGGGUGUG